AGUAUCGGCGGUAGUGGGAAAGAAGGAGGGGAGAGGAGAUGAGGGGGAGAGAAAGAAGGAAAGGAAGGAAAGGGGGAGAGGACAGAAGGAAGGGGGAGCCCUUCUCCAGCUGUCUUUCCCUGCCUCUGGUCCCUCCGCAGCCAGGCUCCCUCUUCUGGCCCCCUCUCCCCAGGCAGUCGGAGGGGAAACUUGUAAGUGUGCUGUCCUGUGCCUGGGAUGCCCUGAAUGGACCCGAGAGGCCCUCCUGGACCUGGCCACUGUGUCCCCUUGCCCACACUCUGUUGUCAGAGCUCCCGGACCCUGCCCCAAUACCACGGCCAUAGGGGGAACCACUUCCUGUCGCCCCUCCUGCCCCUGCACUCCAUGGACAUGCUCUCUCUCUCUUUUUUAAAUUUAGGUGAAAUUCACGUCACAUAAAAUUAACUUUUUUAUUAUUUUUUAAACAUUUAUUUAUUUUUGAGAGAGAGAGAGAGAGCAAGUGGGAAAGGAACAGAGACAGGGAGACAGAGAAUCCAAAGCAGGCUCCAUGCUGUGAGCACAGAGCCUGACACAGGGCUCAAACUCACGAACCGAACUGUGAGAUCAUGACCUGAGCCAAAAUCAAGAGACGGCUGCUUACCCGACUGAUCCACCCAGGCGCCCUAUUUUUUUUUUUUUAAUGUUUAUUUAUUUAUUUUGACAGAGAGUGUGUGUGAACCAAGGAGGGGCAGAGAGAGAGAGAGAGAGAGAGAGGGAGAGAGAGAGAAUCCCAGUCAGGCUCUGUGCCGUCAAAGUGGAGCCCGACCCCGGGCUCUGUCUCACGCACCUUGAGAUCAUGACCUGAGCUGAUGUCUAGAGUCGGACGCUCAACCGACUGAGCCUCCCAGGUGCCCCCGAAAUUAACCACUUUAAAAGGAGCAAUUCAUUGACUAUAUUUAUAAGGUUGUGCCACCGCCACCUGUAUCUAUUUCCAAAACAUUUUCAUCACCCCAAAAGGAAACCUCAUAUCCACAAAGCAGUCGCCCCCCAUUCCGCCCUCCCCCAGCGCCUGGGAACUGCAGGCUCUUUCCGUCUCUGUGGGUUUACCUAUUCUGGAAAUUUCGUAGAAAUGGAGUCCUGCUGUGUGUGAUCCGUGCCUGGCUCCUUUCACUCAGCCUCAGGUUCUUCAGGUUCGUCCUUGUGAUGUGAGUCAGUUCUUCUGUCCUUUUAAUGGCUCGGUGCUAGGACGCUGCACGUGCACACGCACACUGUGCAUCCGCUCAUCCUCUGGUCGACAUUUGGGUCACGUCCGCCUUUUGGCUGUUACGCGUGGUGCUGCUCUGAACGUACGUGUAUUGGUUUGAGUACCUGUGUUCAAUUAUUUGGAGUACUGGAACGUCCCAGUGUGAAUUCUUACCCGAGGGGGGUCAGGAAAGGUUCCCAGAGGAAGUGGCUUGUGGACUAAACACCCCCCCGCCCCCGCCCUGUCCUGCCCCACCCCGUGCUUCUCAGGUCGUGCUCGCCUCGAUUUGUAGCUGCUGCCUCUUUGUCUGCUUCCUCCUGGGGCUCUCAGCUCUCAUGUGGGCAGGGGCUGCGCCCAGCGCCCAUGCACGCAGCCUGGCACACGGUGGUAUCACUGGAAUACGUGGACCUCUUGCCAGUGUGUGGGACUCUGGCGCCCGACCCUGUAUCUCGGGCUGCAGGCAGCAUGGCUGGUACUGAGACGAGCCGGCGGUGACUCAGGCGCCCACAGUGGCGGCUCCGUGUCCUGAAGAUGAAGUGGCCCAGGUGGAGUGCUGGCUAGGCCCGAUGGCCAGCUCCAGGACGGAGGUGUGCUGGGCCGAGCCGGGCCUGGGGAAGGGGCCCCAGCGGCGACGCUGGGCCUGGGCCGAAGAGAAAAAGGAUGCCGAUGGGAUACGGGGAAAAGAGGGGCCCUUUCCCAGUGCCACCAGCCCUGAGCUCCUGGAGGACUUCCGGCUGGGGCAGCCGCAUCUGCAGCCACCAGGGUGGGGCCCGGCCCCGCAGCCAGCUGAGCGUCCGGCUUCCGAGUGCGGAGAGUCCGCAGGAGAGGAGUUUGAGGUAGAGGAUGUGGACAGCCCAGAAAGUUCCAACUUGCCUCUCAACUGGCUUCCCGAACAGGAUCCUCAAUCUGCCAUGACUGAAGAGGAGCCGGAUGAGGCCCUCGGAGGUCCUGAGGUGGAGGAAGCUGGGGAGGGCUCCCCAAGAUUGGAGUAUGAGACUGGUCUCAGCUCAGGGGGCGAUGGAAACACCAGCCCCAUGGCUGUGGGGUGGGGUCAGGACACAGGCUGGGUGGCCCCUGGCACACAAGUCAGUGGAGACAAACUUCCAGAACAUUCUGAGGUCUACCCAACUGUUGACUUCAGCUCUGCAAGGUCCUGGAGCAGUGGGACUGUGAGCCUUGACCACCCCAAUGACAGCCUUGAUUCUACCUGGGAAGGAGAAACCGAUGUCCCCCAGCCCACUGCCCUGGAAGAAACUUUACCACAGAGCUCCAGCCACCACCUCCUAAACCCAAACCCCAGAACUGGGGGAGGCGUUGCUGUGGCAACCCCCACAGAAUUCCAGGACUCCUCGGUACCCCAGAGCCAGAGCCUCCAGUGUCCAGCAGAUAAGUGGAAAGAAACUACCGGCCUCUCCUGCCCUCAGUUGAGGGACAAAGCCUGGAAACGGACGCGGACAUCACCUAAGCCACUCCCUUCUCGAUUCACUGGCUCCAUCAGCCCUCCGAAUCUGCCUAGGCCAGCUCGGCAAGACAGGGUGCCAACCAGGCAGGGAGCCACUCUGGCUGGCCACUCAUCAUCUGAUGCCUCCAAGUAUGGGCGGGGGCAGUUGAACUACCCACUCCCUGAUUUCUCCAAGGUGAGACCCCGGGUGAGGUUCCCUAAAGAUGAGAGCUACCACCCCCCCAAGGCCAGGAGCCACAGCAGGCAGUCUCAGGGCCCUGCCAGGCCGCUGAUCUUCAAAUCACCUGCUGAGAUUGUGCGGGAGGUACUGUUGAGCAGCGGCGAAGCCUGCCCGGGAAAGGACCCACCUUCUCCCCACCCCAUCACCAGGGUACCCCAAGAAUUUCAGACUCCUGAACAAGCCACCAAACUGGUCCACCAGCUCCAGGAGGACUACCACAAGCUACUCACCAAGUACGCAGAGGCGGAAAACACCAUCGACCAGCUGCGCCUUGGGGCCAAGGUGAACCUGUACUCGGACCCGCCCCAGCCCAGCCACAGCAUCCACACAGGGACGGUGCCCCAGGGAACCAAGGUCUUGUCCUUCACCAUCCCACAGCCCCAGUCUGUGGAGCGGUGCUCGGGCCCUGCCGAAGCCCCACAGGCCUCUGGGGCCUCCGCUCCAGGAAGGACGGUUCUUGGCCCCAGCGUUCAGUGGUUGUGUGUUCCAGGGUGGCCACCAGCUCAAAGAGACCUGAGCCCCUCGUCGUCUGCCCCAGAGUGGCUUCCGGAGAACCCGGGCAUCGCCCAGGACCAGCCGUCAGCAGAGCGGACCCAGGAGUUGGCUUCUCAGGCCAGCCUGUUCCUGGCCAAGGUGGAAUCCUUCGCAGGGCUGAUGCAGGCAGGACGGCUGACGCCCCAGGACCAACUCAAGGGCUUCCAGCGGCUAAAGGCCACCCACGCGGCCCUGGAGGAGGAGUACCUGAAGGCCUGCAGGGAGCAACAGCCGGCCCAGCAGCUGGCCGGCCCCCAGGGGACGCCCGGCAAAUUUGAUCCUGGCAGGGUGCUAGAGGAGGAGAUAUUCCAGCUGGGUAUUCGCCUGGAAGAGCUGAAGGACCACAUGGACCACACCCAGCCUGAGCCUGAGCAAGCCGGGUCAGACUCCACUCCAGACAGCCCCCCAGCCACGCCUUCUCCACGCCAGCCAGUGCACCUGCCUUCUCCUUCAGGACAAGCCCCCACACCCGCCACCCAGACCCUCUGCCCUCAGCCUCACGCCACCAGCAUCGGCCCCUGCCCAUCGCAUGUGAACGUGGAGCUGAGCACCGCCAGCAGUGAGACGGAGGACGGGCCGCUGGGCCUCCCGGCCCCACCCAGGCAUAAGGAGCUGCCGGUGGAGCAGGAUUUCCACGGCCUCCUGGAGCGGUACCUCAGCGUGAAGACCGUCCCAGAAGCCAUGAAGCUGGAGGAGGGCGAGGACGAGGAUGAGGACGAGGACGGGCAAGGCCAUUCGGUAGAAGUUGACGGACCAGCUCCACCUCCAAGAAAAUCAGAGGCCACCGGGAUGCCCGUAAGGCAGCUCCCAGCACCGGCUGAAAGAAGUCACAGGACCCCCCUCAAGGAGACUGUGGAGCAGAUGGUGUCUGUAAAGCCAGCAGGCUUCCAUGCAUCCGUGGCCAGAGAUGGCUACCUCCAGGACCUGGACAAAGUCGAGGCAGCUCCUCCUCCAGGCCCCAGCAGACCACCUCACCCUCGGGGCACCAAGCCUUUGGCAUCCCACCAGAGCAGUCUGACCAGCUUAGAGGGAAGCGGCCUCUCUGAGCACCUUCCACAGAAGUCUCUGCGCCAAGCUGGUGGGCCCCACCUAGAGGAGCCCUGGAUGGCAUCCCCUGAGACAGACAGUGGUUUCGUGGGCUCAGAAACCAGUAGAGUGUCGCCCCUCACCCAAACGCCAGAGCACCGGUUUUCCCACAUCAGCACUGCAGGAACAUUGGCCCAGCCCUUCACUGCAUCUGAGCCCCGGGACGCAGUUUCCCAUCCCCAGACCAGGGGUCCUCCAGUCCCCAGAAGAUCUGUGGAGCCCAGCACACCCAGGAGCAGAGCCCAGAGGCGACCCUCUGGCCGGGACAGUCCUCUGCAGCAGAGGGCACCCAGUUUCCGCCGGGAGCGGGCACUGGUGGCCGAGAUGGCGGUGCCUGGCUCAGAGUCGGAGGGGCGACAGCCGAUUUCUGAGCAGCUCGCCCGUAGCACGACAAUCCGCCCACCCCCGACCUCGGCUUCUGCAGCUGCCACUGUGUCCCAUGGACCGGCAGAGAGCACCCACACCCUCCUCCUCACCAGGACAGGGCGAGACCAGGCCAUCCGAGAGCUACAAGAGGAGGUGUCUCUGCUCCGCCUGCGGCUGGAGGACAGCCUGCAUCAGCCACCCCAGGGCAGCCUGGUGUGCCCGGCCUCCACCUUCAACCGCCCCGCCCAGGCCCGGGCCCGGCCAACGGAUUCCUCAGCCGCCUGGGGCUCCCACUAUGGCAGCAAAUCCACAGAGAGACUGUCUGGUGAGCCUGCAGGUGCAGAGCAAGCUGACCCCGCAGGAAGGCGGCGAGCCAGGUCUUCCUCGGUGCCUCGGGAGGUGCCCCAGCUGUCCCUGAGUUCCGGAUCCGAGCCCACCUCCCCCCAGCUGUUCUCUGAGAAGAGCCGGACCUCUGAGGACAGUGCGCAGGCAGCUCGGGAUGGAAUGAAAAGAGCGGGCGGCACCAAGAGGCCAGACAGGGUCACCUUCCGGGGCCAGUACACAGGCCAGGAGUACCACGUUCCCACCCCCAAGACUGUCCCAAGAGGCGGUGGCACAAUCUCCUGUCCCCACUGCCGACCUGCUAGGACCCAGGACUCAGGUGGUACUGUCACCAGGGACCCACUGGGACCGGUUCCCACUGAUACCCUGCGAUGUCCCCUGUGUGGUCAAGUCGGGACGCCCCCAAAGACGGAUGGCCCAGACUCAGCCACCUCUGGGACAGAAAGCGCCGCCCCAAGGAGGAAUGCACACUCACGCUCAGCCUCCAGCCCCCCACGACGGAGCAAGCAGGCAGGGUCGCCGGCCCGGCCGCUCCCUGGACUGUGGUAUCUGCCUGCCGUGCCCCCAGCACCGGCCCCUCCCGCCUUUGCCUACGUCUCCUCGGUGCCCAUCGUGCCUUACCCGUCGGCCGCUGUGUACUACGCGCCUCCGGGACCUACCUCAGCUUCCUCGCCCCAGCCAGCCGCCGCCGAGUGGCCCCCCUCUGCCUCCUCCCGGCCGGCGCGGGGGCACCGGCACUCCAUCCAGCUGGACCUGGAGGACCUGGAGGAGCUCAACAAGGCCCUGAAUCGAGCCGUCCAGGCUGCUGAGAGCAUCCGCUGCACCACCAAGCACAUGAGCCGCUCCCUGUCAGCCGACCUGCGCCAGGCCCGCAGCCUCAGGGGCUCCUGCCUCUUCUGACUUCACUCUGGAGACUCAGACACAGAUGGGGGGCAGGUGGGCCGGCAGCCUGCUGCUGUCCCCCAGGGCAGGAGUCGGCUGGAGCCACUCCCGCGGGCCCCGGCGACCCCUCCCCAGAGGCCUCCUGGCCCUGGGGUGUUGGCCCGGGCAUGAAGAGAAGGAACUCUGGGGGGACCGGCCCCUGAAGGAAGUGCUGAGACCGAGGCCACCUUCUGCCCAGGGGCAGCCUCGGGGAGUCUCCUGGUCCUGCACUGCCCGCCUCUGGCUAAUAAUAUGUACUUUAUAUACAGAUGGACAAUUUUUUUUUUUUUUUUUUUUACUGUGUUUUCCUGGUCUUAGAUCCAACCUACCAGGCCAGAUGAGAAGGGAUAGGGCCAGAGUCUCUGGUGCAAACCUGUCUCCUCACCGGUGACCAGCCCCUCCAGCGUAGGCGUUUCUGGGAAGGACACGGCUGUGCACUUUCCUCCUGGUGACUGGGGAUCAGUAGGGCACUUUGACGCCAUCGAAACGUCAAGACGGCAGGCCCCCAGGAUGACAUGCGUCCAGCUUCUCCGGAGAGGACUUUCCCGUGGGCCUGCUGGGAAGGGGACACCCCCAGGGAGGGCCCAGAAGCUGUCCACCUUGGCCCCUCUCUGUACCUCAUCCCCUGAGCCCCAGCUCUGUCCCUGGGAUCCCUGUGGAACUGGGCUAGUGGCCAAGCUGCCUGCCGGGCCCUGGUCUGCGGCCGGGAGGCCAGCCCAUCUCUGGCUCCCUACCUUGUAGCAGAGUGCGUACCUCAGCUUUUCUGGAAUGUGUAUGCAUCAGUGAUAUUUGUAUAUUUGAGGCAUUUAAAAAUCUAUUUUCGUUA